GAACUCCAACAUGCGCAGAUGGGGAAGCAAGCCAGCGGGCGGCCGGAGCAUCUUGGAGAGAGAAAGAAGGGGCGGUAGGUGAAAUCGGAGGCGUCAGGAGUGGGAGGGAGGAGAGGAGGAGCCACGUCAGCUUGACAGCAGCGCACGUGCGGUCGGCUGCGGCGGCGGCGGCGGGGAUGGGCGACUCCGGCGGCUCCGUCGUGUCGGUGGACGUCGAGCGCAUUUCCUUCGGAGGCAAGCUUUGCAAAGCCGCAGCAUCUGCUAGACUGCUACUACUCGUCGCCGUCAUCGUUCUCUUGCUUCCCUCCGCGGACGCCCGCCGGCGCCCGGUGCACCUACGGUUAUACAUGCACGACAUCAUCGGCGGCCCGGAGCAGACGGCCAUCCACCUCAUCCGGAACGCCGGGCCGCCGCACAAGUCCCUGAAGGGCGCGUACUUCGGCGACACGAUGGCCAUCGACGACCUCGUCACCGAUGGCCCCGGCAUCGACUCCGGCUCCGUCGGCCGGGCGCAGGGCACCUACAUGCUGUCCUCCCAGCACGAGGAGGUCCUCGUGGCCGCCGUCACCGUCGCGCUCACCGACGGACCGUACAGCGGCAGCACCUUCGUCAUUGCCGGCCGCGUCGGGAUCUACGACGACAAGUCGGAGCUCGCGAUCGUCGGCGGGACGGGCCAACUCCGGCGCGCCGCCGGCUACGUGCUGUGGAGGAUGGCCAAGGUGGUGUCCGAGGUGUAUAUUGUGGUGGAGCUGAUCGUGCACAUGUCUGUACCGGCGAAUGCUGCUGCUCCUAGCAAUGGGUCCUCACUUGCGAUCGAGUAGAGCUCUAGCGCAAAUUGAUGAGAGCACUCCUUUCUUUCUUAUGUCUACCACUAUUUGGGUCUAGUUUGCAUUUUAUAUCCGUGUGUUGUGUAAGGAGCAGCAUGAGAAUUGAUGAGAGCAAGAAUGUGGAUUUGUCUGUGAUCAGCAAUAAAAAAUUGCUAUGUUUCUUCCUAUUU